AUCCUCGCUGUCCGGUCAGGUGACGCGUCAUCACGGCCGCAUCGCAUAUUCGCAUUCUUCUCAGAGCUGACACGGUUCACACACCGACAUUUUACACCAGACGGAUAUUUACUCGAUACAGAUCCACGCUAUUUGUUAGAAGCACGGAGAAGAGGAGCAGAAUGGGGUCGAGAGAGGUUUUCAUAUUACUGAUGGCCGCGAUAUCGACGAUCGCUGUUGAGGUGCCGUCAGACUCUGGUACGGGACUGCUGGCUGAGCCACAGGUCGCCAUGUUCUGCGGGAAACUCAACAUGCACAUCAACAUUCAGACCGGAAAAUGGGAACCCGAUCCAUCCGGAACCAAGAGCUGCACUGGGACAAAAGAGGGAAUCCUGCAGUACUGCCAGGAGGUGUAUCCAGAGCUUCAGAUCACAAACGUUGUGGAGGCCAAUCAGCCCGUCAGUAUCUGGGACUGGUGUAAGAAGGGCCGUAAGCAGUGCCGCAGUCACAUGCACAUCGUGGUGCCGUACCGCUGCCUGGUCGGUGAGUUUGUGAGCGACGCUCUGCUGGUUCCUGAUAAGUGUAAAUUCCUGCACCAGGAGCGCAUGGACAUGUGCGAGAGCCACCUGCACUGGCACACAGUCGCCAAAGAGUCUUGCGGCGACCGCAGCAUGAAUCUCCAUGACUAUGGGAUGCUGUUGCCAUGCGGUAUUGACCGUUUCCGUGGCGUCGAGUUUGUUUGCUGCCCUGCAGAAGCGGAGAAAGAGUCAGAUAGCGCAGCCGUGGAGGAGGAUGAUUCAGACGUGUGGUGGGGAGGAGCAGAGACCGACUACAACGAGAACAGCAUGACGCGAGACGCAGGAUCCGAACCCACUGUGGUGGAGAACGAUGAGGAUCCAGACGACGAGGAAGAGGAGGAGGUUCUGGACGACGACCAGGACGGAGACGGAGACGAGGAUGAGAAAGAGGUCGAGGACGACGAGAUUGUGGACGAGCGCCAUGACAGCAGCCAGAGCACCAGCGUUGCCAUGACGACCACCACCACCACUGAGUCAGUAGAGGAGGUGGUGAGAGAGGUGUGUUUUGCGAGUGCAGAGACGGGCCCCUGUAGGGCCAUGUUGCCCCGCUGGUAUUAUGUGCGUGAGGAGGGCCGCUGUGCUCCCUUCAUCUACGGAGGCUGCGGAGGAAACCGCAAUAACUUUGAGUCGGAGGAGUACUGUCUGUCUGUCUGCAGCAGCGUGUUGCCGACUCCGUCCUCUAGCCCUCCGGACGCAGUGGACCGAUACCUGGAGACGCCAGCAGACGAGAACGAACACACACACUUCCUAAAGGCCAAAGAAAGCCUGGAGGCCAAACACCGCGAGCGCAUGUCUCAGGUGAUGAGGGAAUGGGAAGAGGCCGAGAGACAGGCGAAGAGCUUACCCCACAAUGACAAAAAGGCCGUGAUCCAGCACUUCCAGGAGAAGGUGGAAGCUCUGGAGCAGGAGGCGGCCAGCGAGCGGCAGCAGCUGGUGGAGACACACAUGGCUCGUGUGGAGGCACUGCUGAACGACCGUCGGCGCCUUGCUCUGGAGAGCUACCUGUCUGCCCUGCAGGCCGACCCACCCCGGCCGCGGCACGUGUUUAGCCUGCUGAAGAAGUACGUUCGCUCCGAGCAGAAGGACCGUCAGCACACACUCAAACACUUUGAACACGUGCGCAUGGUCGAUCCCAAGAAAGCUGCUCAGAUCCGGCCUCAGGUGCUGACCCAUUUGCGUGUGAUUGAGGAGAGGAUGAAUCAGUCUCUCGGGCUGCUGUUCAAGGUCCCGGGAGUCGCUGAAGAUAUUCAGGACCAAGUCGAGCUGUUGCAGCGCGAGCAGCAGGAAAUGUCCGCGCAGCUGGCAAACCUGCAGAGUGACGUGCGGGUGAGUUACGGUAACGAUGCCCUGAUGCCCGACAGCACCGCCAGCCUGGACCUGCUGCCUGCUGAAGACACGCAGGGAUUCGGCUUCAUCCACCCCGAGAGCUUCAACCAGCCCAACACACAGAACCAGGUUGAGCCGGUCGAUGCGCGACCUAUUCCAGACCGAGACCUGCCGACACGACCAGUGUCUGGACUGAAGCCUGACGAUGUUCCUGAGUUGGGGAUGGAAGCUGAAGAAAGACACAUUGAGGUUUACCAUCAGAAACUGGUUUUCUUCGCGGAGGACGUGAGCUCCAAUAAGGGAGCUAUUAUUGGCCUGAUGGUCGGAGGGGUUGUCAUAGCAACCAUCAUCGUCAUCACCCUGGUGAUGCUGAGGAAGAAGCAGUACACGUCCAUCCACCACGGAAUCAUUGAGGUGGACGCUGCUGUGACUCCGGAGGACCGUCACCUGUCUAAGAUGCAGCAGAACGGCUAUGAAAACCCAACAUACAAGUUCUUCGAGCAGAUUCACAACUGAUGGUGUGAUGAUAGCUCACCUCCCCAUACCUCCACCUUAUCUGCAGACGCUGCAGGAGACACCAGCCCAACCUCACCGCUCAUUAACAUCAUGCUUCCUAUUGGCCAGUUUACAUGUCAAUCAAAGAUCACCUCCCGUUGGCUUGACGAAGAUGAACUUUGUCUGUUUCAAAUUGUUGAAGAUGCAGUUUCAAACUGAAUGCACAAAACAUUAAAUUCAGUUUGGAUCAAGGGUUGAAAUUCAAUACAAAUUGAAGGCAUAAUUCAAAUUUAGCUGUAAAUUCACUACAGUUGUUUCAACUAUGAGCUCCCAUUGGCUGGACAAAUGUGAACAGGAGUUUAAUGCUGUUAAGGUCAGUUUCAAGUUCAAGUAUGAAGUUGAUCAUGUCAAAUUCAAUCCACAGUUCUGAAUCCCUAUGAAACUAUGAAAUUCCCAUUGGCUGGACAAAAUUUGUAUUCAAAUUAAAUGCAUAAUUGAGAUUCAAUUCAAAUCACAAAUCAAACUCAUGAUUCACACUUACUUCAAAUGUUGUUUUCAAUUCACUGGUGAUUUUUCAAAACUGAUCUCCCAUUGGCUGGUCGAAAAAGAAUAAUCUUGAGUUUGGUUUCAAACUAAAUGAACAAUUCAAUAUAUUUCAAAUUCAUAUUAAAAAUCAAAGUGAACCCAUAAUUCGAAUUCAAAUCACAAUAUAAAUUGAACAUUUCAAAUUCAAAUUAUAAAUCAAAUAGAAUGCAUAAUUCAAAUUCAGUACAAUUCACAAAUCAAAUGAACACAUAAUUCAAAUGUUUCCUUAAAUCAAACAAUUCUGUUAGGGUCGAUUUCAAGUUCAGUUCAGUUUAAUUGAACAUAUGAAGUUUGAAAAAUUCACCAAAUACACUCCAGAUUUUUUAACUGUGACUUUUGACUAUUGGCUAGAUGACCAUGAACCUAAUAUGAAUGAUGUUGGGUUAAGUUUCAGGUUGUUAAAGAUUCAGUUUCAAAUUGAAUGCAGAAUUCAAAUUCAUAUCACAAAUUAGAUUGAAUACAUAAUUUAAAUUUAGUUUAAAAUUAACUCCAGGUUUUAACUAUGGUCUCACAUUGGCUGGACAUACACAAACCUGAUCAAAUUAAUGCUGUUUAGGUCAGUGUCAAGUUAAAUUUAGUCUAAAUUUAGCAGAUAAAACUCAAUGCACAGAAAUUCUGAAUUCCCUAUGACUAAAUUCAACUAUGAGCUCACAUUGUCUGGAUAAACACGAACUUGAAUUUAAUACAGUUUAAAUUGAAAACAUAAACUUAAAUUCUGUUUUAUUUAAAUGCACAUUCCUGAAUUCACUCCAGAUUUUUUACUUUUGAAAUCGGUUUCACUUCUGGUUCCCCUGAAUCUGAUCUGUAAACUGGCUAUAUUCCUCUAUUACAGAGCCAUUGCUUCAGGUUCUGGUUUAGGCUGAACCGGUUCUGUGAUCAGGGCUGGUGAGUUACGGUCGUGUCGCUGCAGCGUCUGCUCUCACACUACUAACCUAGUGAAACACUGGGAUAUCUGAGGGGUGUACGUCCGAGACUUCAUCCCGUCAGACUUAUCUCCUCCCUUCCUCUUCAUUACACACUGACUGCAGCUGUGCUGUGUUUGGUGACGCAUUAAACCGGUCAGAGAUUAUUCUAGUAAUCAGUGUCCUUCUGAAUGAGAUCUUCAAAUUCUUUGAUUGUUUCUGGGUUGUUUUUCAAAAAACAUAAUUAUAAUAAAAAUAAUUGUAAAAAAAAAAAAAAAUUAUUUGCCUUUUUUUUCAAUAUUGAAGUAAUGCAACAAAAAAAGACUAGUCGUAACUAUGUACUGCAUGAUUGAAAAAAAAAUGAUAUUUGGAUCUUGGUCUUUUCUCACAUUUUAGCUGGGUUAAACAGUAACUUGUGAAAAUAUGAUUUGAGUUGCACAAAAAAAUGACUUGGCUUUUGCUUUAAAAGAAUUAAAACUAGAUUCAAUUCUUUUAUUUCAAUAUCUUCUUGUUUGUUUUUUAUCAGACUGAGAUCCAGCGGUGGCUGUUGAUGUACAUUUACUGUCUUUAAUGUUUUCGUCCUAUGCAUUUCAGAGAUUUAUUCACUCCUUCUUUAUAUUUAAUUUUGAUUCUCCAUUGAACUUGUGGUUGUAUGUGUUUUUUAAAGCGGUAGUUCGGGGCGGGCGGGUGGGUUUUCCGGGUCGUUCUCUGUCUGUAUGUUUCCAAUCAGUCCGUUUUAUGUUCUUAGGUCACUCCAGAAGUAGAAAGUGUUUUUCUCCACGUCUUCUCUCAUGUUACUCUGCAGUAGCAGCGCUGACGCUUGUUUUGUCUCAGUUUUCGCUCCGCUGCGGUGCUGAUCUGCAGAAACACAUGCAGUGAUGCUGCACUGGAGCCUCUGAGAGAUUUAUCUCACUGCAAAAUCAAAAGAAAAAUGUUUUUGAUAGGCAAUAAGAUUUUUAUUUUUUUUUGCAUUGCAUAAUUUUUCAUCAUUAAUGUAAUGCAAAUACUAAUUAUUUAAACUGUGCAAUUGUAACCAUUUAUCACAAUCGUAUUUGUAAUGAAUUCAUUUAAACCUUUUUUCAUUGAUUGCGACAUUACAGUAAUGGGAAUUUGGGGUAUUUUGGAUUAAAUGUGUUUAAUUUACAUAUAAAUAAUGUGACCGUGCAAAAAAUAUAGACUCUAAAGAAUAGGCUUCCUUUUUUAUUCAAAAUAAUGUUUUUUUCUUUAGAUUUUGGGGUGAAAUAUGAGUUGGAGGAUAUUUUUUAUGUGUUGAUGCAUCGAGCGUCAUGUCCGUCUCCUCUCUGUCUCUCACGUGUGUUUCUGUUGUAGUCGAUUUAGAAAGUGUCUCAUGACUGAACAUGAGGCUGGUUCCCAGAUUAUGAGUUGAAACUGACGGUUAUUAUCAUGUGACCUCCAGUAUUUGAAAAGACUUUGAUUUACAGUCGAUCACGCUGUAAAUGGUUCAUAAUCAAUCCAUCUGAUGAAUGUCAAUCAGUUGUUUACAAAAUCUUCCUUCCUUCACGGAAGUCAUCCGUGGCCGUUUUCAGAUCAGUGAGGGAUCAUGGGUAAUGCUCAGUUUGUACUGCUGUGGUUGGAUCAGAUCUGAGGUUGUAAGAGAUGCUGAGUGUAGUGAUGAUAGUGAUGAGAUUCUUUCAGUGGCAUUUUUUCUGUCUAUCAUUUGCUUUGACUGGAAAUCAACUGCGCCUUCUGCACUGUAUUCCAUUAAUAAAGUUUUUGAAUGUACAUACAAA